UGACAUGGAAAGCAGGUGAAGAUAUGGCCUCGUCCAAAAUGUCCUCCAGCUCUUAUGCCAGUAGUCGCCCACGUAGCUCUCUGGAUCCUUCCAGACCUAAUACUGCAACUUGGGAUCGAGACACCACGUCCCCUUCACGUGCAUUUAGUGAAGUUGCAGAUCUCUUCACUCGAGUCAUGACUUUCCAAGUAAUGGACAUGGUUGAUUCCGAGCUAAAGAGACAUGCCCAGGUUAGGUUGUCAUCCCCUGACAAAGAGAAAAGUGUCACUGAGGGAGAAGUUCCCCAUCUGGUUGAUGCAGUCCCAGGUCACUAUGGCGGGCUGUUUUCUGGAUUGAUCAAGAGGUUCUUGUCAGAAUUGUGCUAUUCUGAAUCUGCUCCCUCUAAUGCAGAGGACAAUGUCAGAGGCACACCGUCAUCCCCCAGGAGCCAGAGCACACGAUCUGGCACUGCAAGCUGUGAGUCAAAGUCUGCCUCACAAAAACUUAAAAACGUGUUAGGGCUGUUCACCAGGCUGAUGGUUAGCCAAGUAAUGGAUAUCGUUCAGGUGGAGUCGACAGUGGAACUGGAGCAGCCUCAUAGCUCAGCAAGCAGACCAUCAAGCUCUAAAUUCUCUGAUCAGCUCACCAGUUUGCACUCAGAUGCCAUCACUGAUGGAGACAUAACUGCGUGUUCUUCCCCUGUGGCCUCUGUGGUUGGUUCGGGCAGCAGUGACAAUGGCUGCUUGGUCACUGUUCUAAUGCUAAGACUGUUGGCCAAACUCAGAGAUCAACCAACUGCUUCUGCUGACGUGAUGGACUCCUCCAGGGAGUUGAUUGAGAAAAUCCUCUCUGAGUUCAGCAGCCAUUCAGGAAGUCUAAACUUCUACACUUAUCCGGGCAACGUAAAGAUUCAGGCAAUGUACCAAACCAUGGAUAAGUUCCUCCUGAAGGAGUUUGGACCAGAGGCUGUCCUGCAGAGAGCAGUGGAGACACAGGAUGUGUCCUUUGAUAACAUCUUGCUCACAGCACUGAGAAGGGAACUGCUUCCCCAGGGUGAUGCUGAAGCCACUUCUGUCCCAUCAGCCCAUAGUGCUUCACCCUCUCUUCAGUCAGUCCCUGCUGUAGAUGAAGGGCAAACAAGCAGGACUACCCUAAAGACACCCAAACUGAGCUUAAAAAUUAAGAUGCCAAAAAGAGGCUGCAAGAAAGUGUCUCCCACCAAUGGCUUUUCUGCUGAUCAACAUCCAGAGGCCACUGCCCCUCAGUCUCCAUCUGAUGCUGCCACUGCAGCUUCUGGACAGAGGACUCGUAAGCGCUUCUCUUUCAUCAGGAUGUUCACUUGCUGCAUUCAAGGCUCAUCUGAACCUUGAACAAUCAGCUGCCCCACUCCUUACACACACACAUGCACACACACAUCAACCUAUUUCACCUGAUUUCAAUAAAAACUUUGCAUUCA